UCCGCGCCCGGAUCGCGAUGGCGGCGGCGGUGGCGGCAGGAGCCGGGGCCGGAGCAGCGGCGGGCGGGGGAGGCGGGGAGCGGAGCAGCACCCGGGACCGGCUCCUGGCGGCGCUGGAGGAUCUCGAGCUCUUGGCCAGGGAACUAAUUGAAAUUUUGGCAAUUUCAAGAAACCAAAAGCUUCCACAACCAGGAGAGGAGAGCCAGAUCCUGGAACUGCUGAUUCAGAGAGAUGGAGAGUUUCAAGAGCUAAUGAAGUUGGCAGUUGAUCAGGGAAAAAUCCAUCAUGAAAUGCAGCUUUUAGAAAAGGUAGUAGAAAAGCGGGAUAAUGAUAUUCAGCAGCUGCAGAAACAGCUUAAAGAAGCAGAGCACAUACUGGCAACAGCUGUUUAUCAAGCAAAGGAAAAACUGAAAUCAAUUGAAAAAGCACGAAAAGGUGCCAUUUCCUCAGAAGAAAUAAUUAAAUAUGCCCAUAGGAUCAGUGCUAGCAAUGCUGUUUGUGCCCCUCUGACAUGGGUACCAGGGGAUCCACGUAGGCCAUAUCCUACAGAUCUGGAAAUGAGAAGUGGUCUCUUGGGUCAGAUGAACAACCCACCCACCAAUGGAGUCAAUGGACACUUACCAGGGGAUGCACUUGCAGCAGGCAGACUGCCAGAUGUGCUUGCUCCUCAGUAUCCUUGGCAGUCAAGUGAUAUGUCAAUGAACAUGCUACCUCCUAAUCAUAGUAAUGACUUCAUGCUGGAGCCUCCAGGACACAAUAAAGAGAAUGAAGAUGAUGUGGAAGUUAUGUCAACAGACUCCUCAAGCAGCAGCAGUGACUCAGACUAGGUACAAGAGGGACAGUAUCCCUAGUAGACCUUUCCUGUGGUGAAGGUAGGUUAGAUGCUGUUUGUCACAAACUGCAACAUCCUUUUGUCACACCAGCAGCCCUGUGCAGGGAGAAGAUAACAGCUGGCUCAGAAAUAGGGUGGCUAAUUUAAAACCACAGACUUCUUUUUUUCCUCUUAGAUGUUCUGGGAGCUGAGAGAAAUGUCUGGGAGCUGUCUGCUGGGGGAGAGAUGUCAGAUUUUCAGUGAUUGUGUAAAUGUAUGUUUGCAAGAGAUGUGUAAAUAUAUAUUUAUAUAUAUGUAUUAACUAUAUAUUAGACGGCAUAAGUUCCUGGGAAAAAAUGUGUAAGGGGAAUCCCCUUGUAUGUUUGUUAGUAACUUUACUCUUUUGAUGAUAGCCUUUUCUAUGCCACAGAAAUGAAACAUGAAGUUUGUAAUGUAUCUUUUUUUUUGUUACUGCCUAAAUCUGUGUUCUUGAUCAUCUGUGUAUCAAGGACAAAAAAAUAUGGCAAUAAGUGUAAUAAAAGAGUUUGUAAUUAUUGUAAUAUAUAAUGAAUGGUUUGUCAUAAAUAAACUCAGCUUUGAUCUAA